UUUUACUCUCUUCUCACUGAGGAUAUUUAAAGCUGGAAAACGAAAAGAGAAAGCUGUUUUUGUUUUCGACAGUCAUUUUCAGGGUGGGAUUGUUUCUUUUUUUUUCUCUCUCGUUUGUUUUGUUUUGUGUUUUGGGGCUGAACUGGUUCUCCACCCACAGGCGCAGGUGUGCCUACCUGUCCGCUCCAGAAGCCUCAAACACGGAAGACGUUCUGGGACCGACGGUCACACUGCGUCCACGGUGCGCGCACGACUUCUCAACCAGAAACAAGGCAGGUUAUCGAUCACUUUAAAGGCUCGAGCGCGAACGACUCCAGCGGGAGUUGGACCCGAUGGCUUCCGUCGGACCGACUCGCCCGGAGCCCGGGGAGACGGGCUCGCUCACGGGCAGCUCCGAGAAGCUGAGCUCCUCCGCCGUCAACCGCAUGCUGAUGGAGUUCCUCAUGUACUUCGGCCGGGCCGUGUUCCUCUUCUACCCCGUGUACCUGACGGGCUACCUGGGCCUGAGCAUCAGCUGGGUGCUGCUGUGCAUGAUGAUGAUCACCUGGUACCAGAAGAACCGGCAGUGGAAGGACGCGCGGAUCGGCUCCGCCAUCCAGUUCGUGGACAACGAAACCGACACGAUCAACGAGGAGCUGAAAGGAGCCUUGCAGAUGGCAUCAUGGGUGCAUUUCACUGAUGUGGAGAAAGCUAACUGGCUCAACAAGGUGCUGGAGCAGGCCUGGCCGUUCUUCGGGAUGUACAUGGAGAAGCUGCUGAAGGAAAACAUCCAGCCGGUCGUCAGGCAGUCCAACGGUGCUCUCAAGAUGUUCAACUUCACCAAAGUUCACUUUGGACACAUACCUCCAAAGAUCACUGGAAUCAAAGCGUUCACACACGAGGUGGAUCACAGGGAGGUGAUUCUGGACAUGAACAUCAGCUACGAAGGCGACGUGGACAUCGACGCUGAAGUGAAACCGCCGAUCACAGCUGGUGUAAAAGGAUUAAAACUCCAGGGGAUGAUCAGGGUGAUUCUGGAGCCUCUGAUUGGCCAGGCGCCGCUGGUGGGAGGGGUCACCUUCUUUUUCAUUCGCCGUCCGACGCUGCAGAUCAACUGGACGGGAAUGACCAACCUUUUGGACAGUCCUGCCUUCAGUUCACUGUCUGAAGACGCCAUUAUGGAUAUAAUCGCGUCUCUCAUGGUGCUGCCCAACCGCAUGUGCAUCCCCCUCAUUGACCAGGUCAAGGUCGACCAGAUGAGGUUUCCACUUCCUCGUGGUGUGGUGAGGGUCCACCUGCUGGAGGCCAGAGACCUGGUGGCGAAGGACACCUACAUGAUGGGGAUGGUGAAAGGCAAAUCGGACCCAUACGCCACGCUCAGGGUCGGCAACCGCAGCGUCAAGAGCAAGACCAUUAAAGAGAAUUUACACCCCAAAUGGGGAGAAGUAUACGAGUUCGUGGUCCACGAGGCCCCGGGCCAGGAGCUGGAGGUGGAGCUGUUCGACGAGGACACGGAUAAAGACGACUUCAUUGGGAGAUUUAACCUUGAUUUUGGAGAAGUGAAGAGGGAGAAGGAAAUGGAUCAGUGGUUUCCGCUGGAGGGCGUUCCCUAUGGUGAAAUUCAUCUCAAGCUGCAGUGGCUUUCCCUCCAGAGUGACUCCAGUCUGCUGACGGAGACCACCGACGGGCUCUCCUGUGCCAUGCUGGCCGUGUAUCUGGACGGUGCCUCGAACCUGCCGAAAGAUCACAGUGAGAUAGACGACUCACAUCACAGACAUGGGAAACACUCAAAGGAAGCGCGGCUCACGAGGCGAGUUGCCAACCCCAACUCGUACGUGGAGUUUUCCGUUGACGAAGAUGUCCAGAAAAGCCUGGUCAAAUAUGCAUCUAAAGACCCGGUGUGGGAGGAGGGCUUCACCUUCUUCAUCCGCAAUGCCAGAACACAGCAGCUCAAAGUUCAGGUGAAAGAGCACGAGAAGAAGACACAGCUCGGCGUUCUGAACAUACCGCUCACUCGCCUGCUGGAAACCUCCGACAUGACUCUGGACCAGCGCUUCCCUCUGGAUCGCUCUGGAGCCAGCAGCCAUAUCAAAAUGAAGGUCACGCUCAGGAUUCUCACUGUGGAGGAGCCGCCACCCAAAAUUAUCCUCACGCCUCCCCCUCCAAAAGCCCAAGACGGCGUCCAGAACGCGUCGGGAGGGAACUCCGGCUUCUCCUCUCGCACCGUGGCGUCCACCAGCAGCGUCCCCGCCGCCUCCUCCCCGCUGCGAGCGGCGUACUCCCAGAACGGUUUGAACGAGAGCUACCCGGCCCACCGCCGCGGCUCCUUCCUGGCUUCCGAGACCUCGAAGUCGCCGCCGUCCGCGUCGCACAUGCGUCGGUUCGACUCCCACAGCCUGCUUUCGGAGAACUCCAUGGCCUCGUCGCGCUUCGACCUGCUGGAGGGAGCUUCCUAUCCGGCAGCUCUGAGGAACCACCAGGGCUCACUUGGAGAGAUCGAGCUGAGCGUGCGCUACGCCACGCUGAGGAAGAAACUUAUCGUCCUCGUUAACUCCUGCAGAAACAUAUUCCCCUGCAGUGAGAACGGCACAGACUCCUACGUCCGCAUGUAUUUACUUCCCAAUCAGUCCUGGAUACACCGCAAGAGGACGCACGUCAAAAAGAAGACCGUCAAUCCGGUUUUCAAUGACAAGUUUGAGUAUGAUGUGACCCUUGAAGAAGCACAAACCAGGAUGUUGGACGUGUCGGUGAAAAACAACCGGUUAUUCCACAGGCGAGAGAGGAAGGACAUUGGCAUGGUGUUGAUUGAUCUCUCCCAGUUGGAUCUAGUCAAAGGCGUCACACAAUGGUAUGAGCUCACGCUGCCGGGCCUGAAAAAAUCUGUGUAGCUGAUGGAGUGCUGCUGCAGGGCCAGGUGGAGAACGACACAUCCCUUCACUUUACUCAUGAAAGCAGACCAGACUACAGUUUCAUCAAGGGAUCGAUCUCAGACAUGUCCACACCUUUUGUCUUGAUCCUGUUUCAUUUGCAAAUUUUAAAUACCGAACUGGCUCCUUCUUUACUGGUACGAUAAGCAUAUAUCACUUAAAUGUCAAAAAUGCUUAAGUCUCUGCAAAACCAGAAGAGAUGUGUUUUUUUUUUUCUUGUUUGUUUUUGUUUUUUUGUGUGCGCGCAAGGUCAACUGAGACAAAGCUAUACUUUUGUAUUUUUAUGUAAAUAUGUGUAUGUGCAGUUUUUAUAUUAUUAAAUAAAUUAAGCACAAUAUAUUGUUUUCGAGUAAUGUGGUUCUGAAAGGGUUAUUGAAUUGUGAACAACACACACUUUAACACUCAAUAAAACACAGUUUCAAAGCUUAGGCUUUGGGGCAGGUUACAAA